UCAAAACGACCUUACAAUGGAAAUACUUCAAAAGCUGGAACUACCUUUAAUCGGUGGUGCUUUCCUCGCUGCUGCUUCUAGCUCAUUACUGUACGAUUACGGUCGUGUACUAGGCUGCUCAGGCGCCAUCCACUCACUUCUCAGUGGUACUUAUCAAUCCAAUAAAUUAGCUCUUGUUCUUGGCCUUACGUUUGGUGGUAGUGGUAUCAGGAUCGGUUUACCCUUCUUGGAAAAGUCUUUAUCGAGGUCUUUUUUUGAUACCUCUGUUCUAUUACAUGCAAACCAUUGGCAAGUUCUGUCGAUUCUUGGUCUUUCUGGUUUGCUGGUCGGCGCUGGAUCAAAGAUUGGUUCGGGCUGCACGUCUGGUCAUAUGUUAUGCGGAAUGGCUCGUGGUAGCAAACGUAGCUGGGCAGCCACUAUGGUCUUCUUUCCUGUCGCUAUCUUGACCCAUCGAAUCAUCAAACCUUUCCUAUACGCUCUAUUGCCUCAAAGCCAUUCCAUCAAUCAUGUCGCUUUCGAAUCCAAGCUCGCACCACUCGCGAUCUUCCUUCUAGGAUCUCCUUAUCUUCUUUACCACCUACUUAAACUUACGGCAUCAUCCAAACGAUUCGAAUUUCUUCGUACUGCUCUCCUUGGUGCUACUUUCGCAUCUGGUUUAGCACUUUCGGGAAUGACUCGACCAUCAGUUGUAUUGGGCUUCUUCGACUUUUUCUUACCAUUUUGGGAUCCUAGUCUAUUGGGAGUUGCUCUCGCAGGUCUAGGAACCAAUAUCUUAGUAUAUCUAGCCGUAGUGAAACCUAAAGUUAUCAAAUGGAACAGAUUGAAAGAAGAAAUUUCGAAAGCUGAUGAUUUGACAAUUGAAGGCUUAAGACAAUCAUUCCUCGUUCAUGCUCCAAACAGCUGUGUACAAUCUGAAUGGCAAUUACCUGAACUCUCGAACACUACAAUCGAUCGUAAAUUGAUUUUAGGAAGUGCACUUUUUGGAAUGGGAUGGGGAUUGGCAGGAAUUUGUCCAGGACCUGGUUUAGUUUCAUUAGGUGCUUAUCCACUUUCACUUGGGAUUUGGAGUUGGAUUGCGGGAUUUCUAGUGGCUGGAAAACUUGCUUCAGUUGAAUCACGACUUCGAAUGUAAAUCUUAUUUCGGUUAUUCUUGAAUAUGAUUGAUGGAGAGAGAUUUGUAUAGGUUUAGCAUAUGAAUAAGAAAGUUUGAAGGUCUUUUGUAUUUUGUGAUUUGUUUGAUAUGAAUUUUGGAAACUUCUUCAUCAUACCACGUAUCAUAU